AUGCCCAGACCAGGCAAGAACUCUUAUGAGGAUCAAGUAUAUCUUCAUAUCAUCCAAACCAGAGAUUUGCGUUUUUCAUUUCAGAAACCGCCGUAUUCAUACAUAUGGCUAACUUAUAUGGCAAUACAGAAUUCUGAAGAGAAGAUGUUACCGCUGACUGAAAUUUACAAAUUCAUAAUGGAUAAAUUCCCGUUCUAUCGUAAGAACACGCAACGGUGGCAGAAUUCACUCAGACACAAUUUGUCAUUUAACGAUUGCUUUGUUAAAAUACCGAGGCGGCCGGAUAGGCCCGGAAAAGGAUCGUAUUGGGCAGUACAUCCGAUGGCCGUUGGAAUGUUUGAAAACGGUAGUUGCUUAAGGAGACGGAAGAGGUUUAAGGUCAAUCAAUUUUGUGGAAAUAACGACGAACUGGAGACAGCCCUUCCUUCAGAGCAUCUCUCGCUCUCUUGUCGUCCUGGAUUACCGUGGAUGCUCGCGAAUCGUUGUCUAUUAUCCCAACAGCUCAUUGAUCCGGUAUCACCGCUGUUUGACAGACCAUAUUCCAUAGGUAAUCACAACAACACCAGCAACAACAAUAUGAUGAAUGCUCUCAGUACUAAUCAAACAUCUAAUCUAUUAAUGUUACCUCAAUAUCUCAACUCUAAACUCAUCGAAUUCCACAAACCACUUCCAACUCUCACCCCAAAUCAAUCGUUCAUGAUCGAUUCUAUUUUAUCCACACCCUCAUGA